GCUCCGCGCAGGGGCCUUCUCAGCUCCUUUGCUGUUGCCGCCGCCUCCUCCUCAGCCGCCGCCGCGGUUGCUGGGGGUGGCUGAGAGGAGGAGCAGUCGCCGACCCGGUGGAGUCAGUCUCUGUUGCUGUUUUUGCCCGAAGAGUCUUCCUUCUUACGUCGCACCCUGAAUCCCGUGGUGUCGAGGGGUAGUCCCUACGGACACCUCAGCACGCAGUGGAGAUGCCUCUCUUUGCCACCAACCCCUUCGAUCAGGAUGUUGAGAAAGCAACCAGUGAGAUGAAUACAGCCGAGGACUGGGGCCUUAUUUUGGAUAUUUGUGAUAAAGUUGGUCAAUCUCGCACUGGACCAAAAGAUUGUCUUCGGUCUAUUAUGAGGAGGGUGAACCAUAAGGAUCCUCAUGUUGCUAUGCAGGCGUUGACUCUUCUAGGAGCAUGUGUAUCAAACUGUGGGAAAAUUUUUCAUUUAGAAGUAUGUUCAAGAGAUUUUGCUAGUGAAGUAAGCAACGUAUUAAAUAAGGGUCAUCCUAAAGUAUGUGAAAAAUUAAAAGCUCUUAUGGUCGAAUGGACAGAUGAAUUUAAGAAUGAUCCACAACUUAGUCUAAUAUCAGCAAUGAUCAAGAAUCUUAAGGAACAAGGAGUUACGUUCCCAGCUAUUGGUUCUCAGGCUGCAGAACAAGCAAAAGCAAGCCCAGCCCUGGUAGCCAAGGAUCCUGGUACUGUGGCUACCAAAAAAGAAGAAGAAGAUUUAGCAAAAGCCAUUGAAUUAUCAUUGAAGGAACAAAGGCAGCAGUCAACCACCCUUUCCACUUUAUAUCCAAGCACAUCCAAUCUCUUAACUAACCACCAACACGAAGGUCGAAAAGUUCGUGCUAUAUAUGACUUUGAAGCUGCUGAAGAUAAUGAACUUACUUUUAAAGCUGGAGAAAUUAUUACAGUUCUCGAUGACAGCGAUCCCAACUGGUGGAAAGGUGAAACCCAUCAAGGCAUAGGGUUAUUUCCUUCUAAUUUUGUGACUGCAGAUCUCACUGCUGAACCAGAAAUGAUUAAAACAGAGAAGAAGACGGUACAAUUCAGUGAUGAUGUUCAAGUGGAGACAAUAGAACCUGAGCCGGAACCAGCCUACAUUGAUGAAGAGAAAAUGGACCAGCUAUUACAGAUGUUGCAAAGUACGGACCCCAGUGAUGAUCAGCCAGAUCUACCAGAGCUACUUCAUCUCGAGGCAAUGUGUCACCAGAUGGGACCUCUCAUUGAUGAAAAGCUGGAAGAUAUUGACAGAAAACACUCAGAACUCUCAGAACUUAAUGUUAAAGUGAUGGAGGCGCUUUCAUUGUACACCAAAUUGAUGAAUGAAGAUCCAAUGUAUUCCAUGUAUGCAAAACUACAGAAUCAGCAGUAUUACAUGCAGUCAUCUGGCGUUUCUGGUUCUCAGGUAUAUGCAGCGCCGCCUCAGAGUGGUGCUUACCUGGUAGCAGGAAACGCACAGAUGAGCCAUCUCCAGAGCUACAGUCUUCCCCCGGAACAGCUGUCUUCUUUCAGCCAAGGAGUGGUCCCACCGUCGGCAAACCCAGCCCUUCCCAGUCAGCAGACCCAGGCUUCUUACCCAAACACAAUGGUCAGUUCUGUGCAAGGAAACACAUAUCCCAGCCAGGCUUCAGUAUACAGUCCCCCGCCAGCGGCCGCAACUGCUGAUGUCACUCUGUACCAGAAUGCAGGAACUGCUGUGACCCAGGUGCCAAACUAUAGUUUAACAUCAGCAGCCCUGCCUCAGCCAGGAGGUGGUCAGCAGCCACCGCAGCCACAGCAGCCAUAUUCUCAGAAGGCUCUGCUAUAGGACCUGGGCUUCCCUGUGCAGUAUCUACGAGUGCCGCUGACAAUGUUACGAGAUUCAUUAAUACCUUAUGAUUUGUUUACGCUCAGCUUAUAGGAAUCUAUCUUGGUCAACAGGUUCAAAUAUUCAAGAAGGUAGAACUCUGUUUAAUUUACAUUGACUUUUUAGAGGUUCUCCCCUCUCCUUGCCCUCCGCCCACAAGGAAUGAAACUACUUACAACGUUUAAUUCCUUUCAUAAUAUGAAAGAAAUGAUACAGAGAUUAUUUGUCUCAUAAAAUUACCUGGUCUGCAAAAAGUCAACCUUACACAAACUGUUGUGGCGAAUGUUAAUGUACAUAUAUUGAUAUGUGACUUCAGUAGUGGCCAUUGAAUCACAGUGGUGAUCAUGUGAAUAUAUUUAACACUGUGUUAAAUUAAUUUACAUUGCUAUUUUAUUUUAAUCAUGAACAACUACCAUGUUUCUUAAUAUUUUGUGUAAAUUUAAGAUAAUUGCACUAUCCUUUUAAACUGCAAGAAAACAAAGUUGGAGCCUUGUCUCCCGGAAGGCACUCUGUUGUCUGUGUUUCAGUUUCACAUUAAACUGAACUUUUCUUUUACUAAUUGUGAGCUAAACAUAUACAUAUAUAUAUAUUAUAUAUAAAAUGUCUUUCUGUAGCCUCUGCAUACUACUAGCUGUCAUCACACCAGCGUACAGUAGCUAAAAAUUUUUGGUGCAAGUGUAGCAAAUGAUAAUGUUCCCUUUUGAACUUUCACAUUUUGGCAUGAUAUUUCAGAAUAUUGUGGGACCAUGAGACAAAAUUAGGUAGGAUCACAUUCUUUAUAUCUUAUUUUUAAAGAAACGAUGUGGAUUUACAUUUUUUUAGGUGAAGGUAGUAAUUAGGUUUCUAAGCUGUAUACUGUAUUUAUUGGUGGCAGUGACACCAAAGAUAGAGGCAAUGGAUAGAAAUUUUUAAACUGGAAAGAAAACAUGAAUACACUACAUUUUCAAAGUCUCUUAUAAUUUGUUAGGAUAUAAACAAAAUUUGAUUCAUCUGUCUUACCCCAUUACUAGUCUUAUACAUACGUCUUUAACACAUUGUAUCCUUUAAUUCUUCAUUAAAGUGGAUGUAAGUAGCUGUUUCAAAGUAA